AUGGCAGUUGGUCUUGUCACUCAACGAGGACCAGUUCAUGCGAUUGACGCCUUGUGUCCGCUGAUGAAAGGAAGCGGGUAUGGAACCGUGGUAAUGUCCUUCCUGUACGCUGGCUAUUUUACAGCGAUCAUCGUCUAUUGUCUUUUUUACUUGUUCAGCUCAUUUACUUCUGAGCUACCCUGGGAAACUUGUGAAGGAAAAGAGUGGUCUACUGACAAUUGCACUGACUCGACAAAUAACAACAUCGGCGGAAUUCCAGUAACGCAAGAGUUCUUUGAAAACCAUGUUCUUCAUAAAACGUCAGGAAUCGAUGAGUUCGGGAAUAUUCGUUGGCCGCUUUUUGGAAUUCUCUUGUUUACCUGGGUUCUUAUAUAUCUGUUUGUCUUCAAGGGCACCAAGUCUGUGGGCAAGGUCGUCUACGUUACUGUAAUUGCUCCGUAUGUUCUCCUGCUAGCACUGCUUAUCAGAGGAUGCACACUCAGCGGGGCAUACAAUGGCAUUGAAUAUUUUCUUGGGCUAAAUGGAAAAGGCGACUGGGGAAAACUGGCUGACGUCAACGUUUGGGUCAACGCGGCCUCCCAGGUUUAUAACUCAAUUGGAAUUGGCUUUGGCUCUUUAAUUGCCUUCAGCUCAUUCAAUAGAAACUCUUCAUCCCUUCUACGAGAUACGCUACUUAUUGGCCUUGUCAACUCCUUCACUUCUAUUUUUGCCGGAUUCAUCAUCUUUUCCGUCCUUGGCCAUAUUUCCGAAAUGGUGAACAUCCCCAUCGACCAACUUCAACUUGAUGGGCCCGAACUCAUUUUUGUUUCAUAUCCUCAAGCUCUUGCUGAUAUGUAUCCAAGCUGGCUUUGGUCUAUCAUGUUCUUCUUCACUCUUUUCGUUCUUGGCAUCGACUCAAUUUUCUCCUCUAUCGAAUGUUUGAACAUAACUGUUCUCGAUGUCCUGACGAAUCUUAGCGUAUUUAUGCGCCGCGAAGUCGUGGCUCUCAUGUCUUGUGCUGUAGCAUUCCUCAUGGGUGUACCGAUAAUGUUUGAUGGUGGAAUCUACCUAUACAAGCUCUUUGAUAGUUACGUAGCGGUGCAAUCGUUAUCAAUCCUCGCAACGCUAGAAAUUGUUACGAUAGUUUGGGUUUUUGGUGCUCGUCCGUUAUGUCGUGAAAUCAGCCGAGUAACGGGCAAAGAUGUCCCGAAAGUUCUUCUUUAUAUGUGGCUGUUUGUGACACCGCUGAUUGUCAUCGUCAUAAUGAUCUUCAGCAUCAUUGGUUACAAACCCUUGCAAUACAUUGAUUAUGUCUAUCCGAACUGGGCGAAUGCUGUUGGAUGGUGCAUCGCCAGUUUAUCUUUAAUUUGCGUUCCUCUAGGAAUAAUUCACGAAUUGAUGAAAUAUGAUGACACAAAGUCCCUGCUUGAACGAUUCAAGUACUCCGUUCGUCCGAAAAUCUCCAAGUACGCAGAUAUGGACAUGCUCAGCUCAAGAUCGAGUGGUGAAAAAUCUUCUUCUUCGAUAGUUACUGAUUUUUAA